AAAGUGGGAGAAUCGAUUGCAUGGUUCCCGCUAGCCUUAGCACCAACAACUCUCGCGUGCUCAGGUUCUUGUACUUCGGUGAGUGACUCUCACCGUAGAACGUAACGGCGAUCAAGACUCGAUUUCUUUCUCGAGAAUCAUCUCCUUCGUUAUUAUCCCCGUGAAAGAAGAUGAGCGAACAGUGGCAAGGAUAAAUUUUUUUUCUUUUCAAAAACGAGAGCACGUAAAUCCGAUACCGCAAUCAUGUUGGAAACCGUACAAAAUUUCACCAACGACUACGAGAAGGCUCGGAGUAUAUUCGUGAACCGCUCCUGUGAUUGGGACGUUGUACCGAGUGCAGUGGAUUAUUUUGACAGUCUGGGAUCUUACGGGGUUGGCCUUAUCGGCCUCGGUUCUCUGCUAACCGUCCUCACCUUCUACGUCAUCACCGACGCCAUAUGCAACGUUAUUCCACAGAAGGAGUCAGCUGCGUACAAAACGAACUCCGUCGCUAUUUUGCUGGUAUAUCCCGUCUCCAGCCUUUGCAGCCUCCUCGCCACGGCCAUACCCAGGGCCCAACUUUUGUCGGAAAGCUUAACUCAGAUAUGCCUGGCGGUCUCGCUCUACCGGCUCUUCCUCCUUCUAAUUGACUUGGGGCACAGAGGUAUCAGCAAACCGCCCUCGAUGGCACUAAAAGUGGGACCAUGCUGCUGCUGGCCUUGUCUGCCUUUCCCUACCGUAGAAAUGAACAAACGUAAUUUGGUCUUCCUACGGAUGUGCGUUCUACAGCUUCCGAUAAUUCAGAUAUCAUAUUGCUGUCUCCUGCUCUUCCUGUGUGCCGAGGAGUCGAUACUGGCGCAAAGCUACGGUGGAUAUUUACAACCGGUUUCAUUGACCAGUAUUUUAUUUGCUGUUUACGGGUUGACGGUAGCUACCAAGAGUUUACAGGACUGCGCGCCAGACGCGGCUCUCCCACGGAGGACAAUGGUCUCCCAAAUGGUCCUACUAUUUUCAAAGCUCCAGGGAUUCGUGGUAAAAAGCAUACCGAGCACCGGCGUACUUCCGUGCCACCCUCCGUUGACACCCCAAAUUUAUGCCAAUCUGACCUACAAUUACUUGAUGAUAAUCGAGAUGCUGAUGCUCGCCUAUGCGGCUAGAAAUAUUUACAAGAAGUCUGAAAAACACGAGGCUGAGUCUGGUAUAAUCGAGACUCGUGGUGCGGCUAAAAAUAACGUCGGUCAGACGGAAGUUACCAGCAACAAUGAAAUGCCAAACAUACAACUUCCUGUACCGAUCGCCGCACUUACCGCGGAUGGAAACGAAGCCGACUCCUCGUCGCUCUAAAUAACUUCAAGAAAUACCGAAGAGUAGCCCCAAAAAUUUCGAUACGGUCUUGUGCUUUUUUUUUUUUUCUUGUUCUCUCGUCACACAAAUUAUCACGAACAAGGAGGAGAAACCGGGGAACUUGAAAAACCUACGCCAAUUUACCAUCUAACAUUUUACUGUAAUGAUACAAACUGUGAGACUGUACAUAACUUCCUAGUAUAAGAUAGACGGAUAGUUGAGAUUUUAAAUUAUUAUUUUAAUUCGACAGAAAAUUCGAUUAGUGCGUAAGCUUACGAAAUCGCAUGCGGUAUAUCUCAUGAAUAUAUUAUAUAUAUAUAUAUAUAUGUAUAUGUAAUACGAAUGUAUGUAAUGUGAAAUAUUACAUUACAUCUAGGAAGCUCGGAAGCUCAGACGCGGUAACCGGAGAAUAUAUUAAUUGAAUGUCUGCGUUCAGUGAGAUGAGUUUCUGACACUAGUAUAAAUAGGAGAGAGUUAAUAUAAUUACGUUAUAUACCUAUACAUAUACAGAUGUAAUAUAACAUUUUCUGACGUGCAGUAGAUAAAUCAAUCUUAAAAGAAAAAAAGACUAAAAGAAAGAAAAAUAGAACUAA